ACCAGAGGUCGCCAUCUUCGUCAUUUUAUCUUAUAUUUCGCGCCACUCUGAGACGUUGGUUAUCAGAUUUGAUCGUAGAAUUCAUAUCUGCAGUUAUCGUUGAAAUACCAACGACUUUUAUUAAGUGUCAUUUGAUGCACGAUAAAUGCAAAAAUGUCAGAAUCUUCCGACACACGUAUAGACCCAGAAGAUACUAUUAGCAUCUUGGUAGCUACUGAUAUUCAUCUCGGUUUCGAUUACAGUAAACAAAGAGGAAGGCACUCUGAUGAUAGUUUCACGACCUUUGAGGAAAUAUUGAAAUAUGCCAAAGAUAACGAAGUCGAUUGCAUCUUGCUGGGUGGAGAUCUGUUUCACGAUACAAAACCAUCGCAGACAGCAUUGCUCAAAUGUGUGGAAUUGCUACGAAAGUAUUGUUUGGGCACCAGAGAAUGCAAACUGGAGUUUCUAAGUGAUUCUGACUUGGUAUUUCGACACUGUGCACAAAAGCACGUCAACUAUGAAGACCCUAAUUUGAAUGUCUCGAUACCGAUAUUUACCAUCCAUGGAAAUCACGAUGACCCAAGUUUCGGUACUGUUGGAUCAAUGGAUGUACUAUCAGCUACGGGACUUGUGAAUUACUUUGGGAAAUGGACAGAUCUCACUCGUGUGGUUAUACCUCCUAUAAUCUUAAAGAAACAUAAUACUCACAUUGCUCUCUAUGGUCUGAGUUAUAUUAAUGAUCAAAGGUUAUCCAGAUUGUACAGGGAUGAGAAAGUAGAGUUGUUACGUGCAAAAGACAUAGAAACUUUCAAUAUAUUUGUUUUGCAUCAGAAUCGGGUCAAACAUGGAAGUUAUGCUUAUAUACCUGAAGGUAAAUUACACAAGUUCCUCGAUAUGGUUAUUUGGGGCCACGAACAUGAAUGUCGUGUUAUUCCUGAAUUUAACGCAGAAGGUGGAUACCAUAUUUACCAACCAGGAAGCUCCAUUGCUACUUCUUUGUGUGAAAGUGAAUCAAAACCUAAACAUGUGGGUGUACUGAAAGUGAAUAAGAAGAAUUUUAAGAUGAAAAGUUUGAAAUUAAAAAGUGUUCGACCAUAUGUUUUUAGUAACAUGAUUCUCCGUGAUCACGACAUUAAAGUAGGAGUCUCUCUAGCAGAAUCUAUAUGUCAGUAUGUGGAUCAAUAUAUUGAAAAUGAUCUUAUGCCUAAAGUCACUGAACAAAUUACAGGAUAUCCUGGUCAACCACUCCAACCUUUAAUUCGUCUUAGAAUAUUUCAUGAGAAUGACAAUGAAGUAUUUGAUACUCUAAGUUUAGCACGAAAAUAUUGUGACGAAGUUGCCAAUCCCAUGGACAUGAUUAUAUUUCGUAAGAUAAAGGGAAUCGAAAGAACAAGACGUGCCAUUAGAGAUGGGCUUGAUGAUGCAGAAGAAAUUACAGAACUAUUCCAAGGAGAUGUAGGGCAGGAUUGGACAAAGACUGUGCCAGGAGGAAUCAAGAGGUAUUUUGAUAUGGAAGAAAAUAAGGAUAAAUUAACAGUAUUAACUGUAACUGCAUUAAAUGAGGCGUUAAAUCGAUAUGUUGAUCGAGGCGAUAUAGAGGCCUUUAGAAACAUUGUAAAAGAUCAGAUGAAAAGAACUAUCGAUUAUGUAAAGAAGCAAAAUACUUCGACAGAAAAGAAUAUCCGUGAAGAGAUUAUAAACUUCCGCGAUAAAAGACUGUCGGAGGAACAAGAGGAACAAGACAACGCUGUGCGGGCAUUGGACAGGGCACCAGCAAAGAAUCCAAAGAGUCGACAAGCUCGUAACAUUAAUGCAACAAACGACAGUGACAACAGCGAUGAAGGUCGUGCUAUACCAUCACCAGCGAAAACUAGAGGAAGAGGUAGAGGUUCCAGAGGUGGUAGAGGAUCCAGAGGAAGUCGUGGUCGCGGGAAAAAUGAUGAAAAAAAUACUUCCGUUACGAAAUUGGUGAGCUUUGGAGACGCAAAAUCAAAACAAAAUACUGAGCCCUGCGUUGUUAUAGAUUCCGACUCCGAUUUCGAUUAAUUACUGAAAACUAUAAGCAUUCAUAUAUUAUUUUUAUAUAUACAUAAAAUAAUUAUAUAUAUAUAUAUAUAUAUAUAUAUAUAUAUAUAUAUAUAUAUAUAUUUGUACGGAAUUAAUAAAAAUGAAAAAAAUAUCUCUGAGUAUGUAUGAGAUAAAAUUUAUAUUCUAUAAAGAUUGUAGAAAAACAUCUGGUAAAUAAAAAAUAUGUUAGCAUAGA